UGCAUAUACUAGAAAACCAUGGCUUUCAAAGGCAACUUGGAGACUGUUGUGGAACUCAAGUCAAGUCCUGAGAAAUUCCUGAAUGUAUGGAAGUGUCAAGCUCAUCAGGUUCCCAACCACACUCCCACUAAUAUUCAAGGAGUUCAUGUUCAUGAAGGUGAUUGGGUCAAAUCUGGCUCCAUCAAGAUCUGGAAGUAUACUGUGGAGGGAAAAUCUGAGGUUUUCAAGGAGAAGAUAAUAGUGGACGAUGAGAAGAAAACAGUAACUCUUAUUGGUCUGGAAGGUGACGUGUUCAAGAUUUAUAAAGUGUGUAAUAUUACUUGGCAACUCACAUCUAAGGGUCAGGGGAGUUUGUCAAAAGUGAUUAUUGAAUAUGAGAAACUGAACGAAAAUGUUCCUGUUCCUGGUGUUUACCUGGAUUUUUUGGGUAGGAUCACUAAGGAAAUUGAUGAAGGAAUUUCUAAAGAGUAAUAAUAAAGAUCUAUGAUCAGUUUUAUUAAAUAAGUUGAAUCUUGUCUUGUAUGAUAUAUUAUAUAUAAAUUUAAGAGUGAUAUGAAAUAAAGUUAUUAAGUGAGAGUGGUGUGUAUUGUCAAUAUUAUAAUAUUGUUGUAUGAACUAAUAAAUAAAGGGAAAAUUGUAGCUUAUGCUGCUUAUCUA